AUGAAGCUCAACCUUCUCUUUAUUGCCUCUUUCCUCCUGACAUUGGUGUCCGCCUCUCGUUACGUGCUUGUGUUUGAGACAGGCAAGAUAACGCCCAAAGACCAUAUCGACGAGGUCAAGCAAGCCAUUGAGACCCUGGGUGGAAAGAUCACCUUCAACUACGAACUCACCAUCACUGGCUUUUCGUUCACGCUGCCCAAAACUGCCUCUGAAAAACUUAAUGCUGUCUCCAAGAAGUUUUCGUCUGUUGAGUUUCCGUUUUUCAUCGAAGAGGACUCUACUGUGAACGCUAGCUAA